GGCGCUCUGCCCAGGAGGAGGGUGGCUGUGCCAGGACCCAGGCCCUUCCCUGGGCUACCGGCCUGACAUGGAGCCAGAGGCGGCCAAAGACAAGGGCAGCUUCCGCAACUACACGGGCGGCGCGCUCCUGGCCCGGGUCUUCACCACCUACAAGCUCAUGCACACGUGGCAGACCGUGGACUUCGUCAGGAGGAAGCACGCCCAGUUUGGGGGCUUCUCCUAUAAGAGAAUGACCGUCAUGGAGGCUGUGGACAUGCUGGACGGGCUGGUGGACGAGUCGGACCCCGACGUGGACUUCCCCAACUCCUUCCACGCCUUCCAGACGGCCGAGGGCAUCCGGAAGGCCCAUCCCGACAAGGACUGGUUCCACCUCGUUGGGCUCUUGCACGACCUGGGGAAGGUCCUGGCUCUGGCCGGGGAGCCCCAGUGGGCAGUCGUUGGAGACACCUUCCCCGUUGGCUGCCGGCCCCAGGCCUCUGUGGUUUUCUGUGAUUCCACCUUCCAGGACAACCCUGACCUCCUGGACCCUCUGUACAGCACAGAGCUUGGCAUGUACCAGCCCCACUGUGGGCUCGAGAACGUCCUCAUGUCCUGGGGCCAUGACGAGUACAUGUACCAGGUGAUGAAGUUCAACAAAUUCUCCCUCCCACCGGAGGCCUUCUACAUCAUCCGAUUCCACUCCUUCUACCCGUGGCACACCGGUGGCGACUACCAGCAGCUGUGCAAUGAGCGGGACCUGGCCAUGUUGCCCUGGGUGCAGGAGUUCAACAAGUUCGAUCUCUACACCAAGCGCUCUGACCUGCCAGACAUGGACAAGCUGCGGCCCUACUACCAGGGGCUCAUUGACAAGUACUGCCCUGGUGUCCUGAGCUGGUGACCCGCCUGCCCACCUCACCCACAGCCGGCUGGGUGCCUCGGGGGGACCGCCACUGUCAGGCAAAGUGGCGACCCACCCCAGCCUUUCUAGGGGACCACACGUGCCCACCUGCACUCCUGCCCUGUUGGCCCCCCUCCUUGGUUGCAAUAAAGACCUUGAAGCAGCGCGUGAAUC